AUGGGAUUGAGGUUUGAAAGAGUUGCCGUAAUCGGUGCGGGCGUCAGUGGUCUGGCGGCAGCAAGACAUCUCAUAGAUUAUGGACUGGAUGUAACAAUCUAUGAGCGAUCGUCGAAACCAGGUGGUGUUUGGGCAUAUGAUGAAAGGAAACCGCUUGAAACGAGAUAUCCAUCUGUUUUGCCAUCGGUUGCGGGCCUCUAUUCAGAUGUGGACUCAGAUUCUGAGGAUGCUACGCAUCAAUCAUUAUAUUCUCAGACAGAAGGCCUCGAACUGAAGCAUGCACCACCAGGUCCUGCUUACUUCGGCUUAACGACGAACAUUUCGACGAAACUCCAAGAGAUGAAAGACCAUCCAUGGAAAGAAGGUACAGGUGACUUUGUUAAUGUGAAGGUUGUUGGUAAUUAUUUGGAGGACUAUGCCAGAAGAUUUUAUCUAGGAAAGGCCCUGAGAUACAAUACCAAAGUCGAGACUAUUGACAAAAUAAAUGGAAAAUGGAUUGUGAGAUCAAAGCUCUUGAACAAAACUCAUGACGGGAACAUAGAAUUGAUCGAGAGCGAAGAGGCUUUUGACAAAGUAGUCGUGGCGAGUGGGCAUUACCAUGCCAACAGAGUGCCCGACAUUAAAGGAUUGAAAGAAUGGAGAAAAGAAUAUCCAGAAAGGGUUAUGCAUUCGAAGGCUUACAGGAGACCCGAAGUGCUUGCGGACCAGACCGUACUUCUGAUUGGAGGGAGUGUUUCUUCGACCGACAUCGCCAGGGAGCUUAAUGGUAUAGCCAAGGAGGUCUAUCAAUCCACUCGAGGUGGCCAAUUUGACCUUCCCCUUAGCUUUCUACCUCCAAGUGCAAAAAGGAUUGGAGAGUGUGCAUCUUUUGAGUUUCAAACCAGUAACGAAGGCCGAGGGAUUGUUCACUUGAAAGAUGGGACAACGCUGGUUGGGAUCGAUAAAAUCGUGAUUUGCACAGGAUACCAUAUUUCGUACCCAUUUCUUCAUCCCUAUCACAACGACCUAAUCUCUCCAGCCGAAGCAAGCGAAACAGUCCUUGUGACUGAUGGAACGCAAGUCCACAAUCUUCAUAAAGACAUAUUUUAUAUACCAGAUCCAACACUUGCUUUUGUUGGCACAGCAUAUUAUGUAUCGACCUUUUCUUUAUUCGAAUUUCAGGCUAUUGCAAUUGCGGCUGUGUUCUCCGAAAGAGCGCAGUUGCCACUCGAGGAAGAAAUGAGAGAAGAAUAUAGAUUGAAAGUGAUAGAAAAGGGGUUCGGUAGAGCAUUUCAUGCUCUUAAUGAAGGGCGAGAACCAGAAUAUGUUCAUCAGUUGGUAGCUUGGAUCAAUGCAGAUGCUGCGUCAAGUGGAGGGAAAAGGGUAGAAGGUCACUCCGAGGCAUGGUUGAGAGAAGACGAGAUCAAGAUGGAGAAGCUUCGUGAGAGGUUUGAUAAAAAGAAACAAGAGGAGAAGCAAGAUGGAGGUCUUCGUAUAUACAACCCGAAUAGUAGAGAACCCCUUCCUAGGUCCAACUAUCGACUAUUUAAAGGAAUUGAGAGCAAUGGAGCACUUAAAGAACAGGUAGUCGGAUGA